AUGGAUUCAGGCCUAUCGACACUAGGUGGUGGAGGGGGUCUGGGAAUGUCCACUCUCCCCACAGGAGCAGCAAUAUAUGGUCAACUAGUGACCUUUGACCAGCUCUCCCAACUUUCUCAUCAAUCUCCGCGCAGCAAACAAGUACAACAACAAUCGAUUAUUUCUGCAGCAGCAACUGGGGUGAGGGCUGCUGUGGCAGUGACCUCUCCUUCUCCUGUAGUGACCUCAACGGUUGCUAUGACAACCACUGUCGUCUCCUCUAACUCUGCCUCCUCUCUUCUCAAUGUGAUGUCGGCUUCGGCUUAUGCCAAUCUGGAUCCCUCUUACUCUCUCAAGAAUAAGUCAGUAGGAGUAACUCAACAACAGCCCAUGGAUAUUAGUGAGCCCAUGGAGUUGAGUAGUUCCAGUUGUAGCCCUUCAAGCGGUGUUCUCCCACAACAAGCGCCUUGUAAUAGCACAAUGACAAUGACGAAUAGUCUAAAUACCAGCAAUACGUACAGUUAUCCUACUUUUCCCUAUUGCAAUACUGCUACAACUACAUGCAGUAAUGUGACUGGUGUUUCUCUUUCGCUGGCCUCAAACCCCUCUUCGGCUGCUGCUAUGACGACUGCAGCUGUCUCUACAUCGUCCCAGCCUGUUUCUGGAGACGUCUGCAUGUCGGGAUUUGGUAGACGUCAACAUCAACCCCCACAAAGGCUUCUUGUCCGAAUGUCAGUAAAACUUAUCCAGACCUACGAAACUAUCAAUGAGGUCUAUUUUCGAAAGAAACGACGAAGAGAGCAAGCCUGUGAGGAUAAUAUUAUGAAGCGAGAUCGUAAAGGUCACGAUGUCACCACGACUACAGGAACCGCCACCGGUAACUGUUGCCUCCCCGCCACUGCUGGUACAACGAAUCGACCCUGUUGUUGCCAAUUUCAUCAUGGUCGACCU